CGCCAUCUUAUUUCGGCGGAGCUUGAGAAAGUGCUUCCGGGUGAGCUUGUCGGUCGGCGGUUGGAAAACGGCGUGAAGUCCUCGCGCUUUAGUUUCGACGGGGGAGUCGGACGAAGAGCCGUCCCGAUGGCGGUGGAGUCUCGCGUUACUCAGGAGGAGAUUAAGAAAGAGCCCGAAAAGCCGAUAGACCGCGAGAAGACUUGUCCCCUCUUGUUGAGAGUCUUCACCACGAACAAUGGGCGUCAUCACAGAAUGGAUGAAUUUGCACGAGGAAAUGUACCUUCCAGUGAACUUCAGAUCUACACAUGGAUGGACGCAACUUUAAAAGAGCUGACCAGUUUAGUGAAGGAAGUCUAUCCAGAAGCAAGAAAGAAGGGGACACAUUUCAACUUUGCAAUAGUUUAUACAGAUCUUAAAAGGCCUGGGUACAGGGUGAAAGAAAUUGGUAGUACAAUGUCGGGAAGAAAGGGCACAGAUGAUUCCAUGACUUUGCAGUCUCAGAAGUUCCAGAUAGGGGAUUACCUAGACAUAGCAAUUACUCCACCAAAUCGAGCGCCACCUCCUUCUGGUCGUAUGAGACCUUACUAAUAUUUUGCCUUACAUCACUGUCAUCCAUAGACCUUCAUCAAUUUGUAUCUGCAUUAUUGUACUGAUUAUUUUACUUAGUGAUCUUAAGAAGGAUUGAUAAUUGAAUUAUGUUAUUGUACAAGGUGUGCCCUCAAGCUAUUAGUUUCCUUUGUCAGUUUUUUUUUUUAUAAAGUUGACCAAAACAACACAGCUGUUCUCUGUAUUUUUUAAAAAACUUGUUAGGGAAUAAAUAUGCCAUUGAUAACUUG